AAGGGCCAAAGGGUCUGCUGCACUUUUAUCUCCUGCUGUCUUUUGUGUUGUGUAGUGUGUGUAAUUUACUUGUUUUGUUGUAUGGUUUGCUUAAUGUGAAAAGGACUCAACUUUCUCCACUAAAAGCCAACUGGGUGUGCUCUUUUACUUCAAAGUUUCAAGCUUUCUUCAACCAUAACAACAAAAAAGAAAAAAGGGUUUUGUUCAUUCCCCCCAAAAAGAAAAAAUGUAUGCAGAGACUGGUCUAAUCUUCCCUAAUUUCCAGACUUUCUCACCUGAUGUUCAACAGUUUUAUGAUUUGGCAUACUCACACAAGUCCAAUGCUUGCUUGGGUAGCUUGGUUGAGAGCUGUAACAUAUCAGCUUAUGAUCUUGGUGGUGAAGGGGAUCUUUUCAAGGCACCCGAACCGAUAAUUGACCAGCCAGUGAUCACCGUUGACCCGAUGACAGCCGCCAUGGCGGUGAUCAGUUGUGGAGAAAAUGAACUCUCCCCACAAGAACUGAAUGAUGAGUUUCUGAGUAAUGUUUUCCAUGAGUACAAAGAAAUGUUGGAAAAAGAUGUAGAAACCGAAACAUCACCGCUUUCGGAGGUUUUGAAUUAUAAGUUGACAGUUAAAACAGAUGAAAGCUCAAUUGUGAAAGAACAUGUUCAUCCUCCUGGACAGAUCUCGAAGAGUAUGAGCUCGGGUUGUCUAAGUUCGAUGAAUCUGGUUCAGGAAGCUCAAACCAACCCCGGGUUUCUUGAAGUGGACUUUGAAAAUGUUUAUGGGAUGCGAAGGGCCUUUAGUGAUGGAGACAUAAAGACUCUUACUAACGAAAAUGGAAACCAUAGACGCUUGUCUGUCGCGCAACCACAAUUGAUGAGCGGCGACAUCAUUGAAGACCGUUGGCAGAAGCUUUCGAGAUACAGGAACAAGAAGUCUAAGAGGAAUUUUGGUAGAAAAAUUAAGUAUGCAUGCAGGAAGGCAUUGGCAGACAGUCAACCAAGGAUCAGGGGAAGGUUUGCCAAGACAGAAGAAAGUGAGAUAUGGAAAAAGUAAUGUAAAAAAACAUAGAAAAUGAUUAUAUUAAUAUGAAAUAUUUCUGGUCAAAGUUAAAGUCAAAGCAAGUUUCCCUAAAUAAGCUUUAUUUUUUAUGGUAUGUUGUUAUUAGAUAUAAUAUUAAUAAGCUUGUACAUCCCUAAUGCUGAACCCUUGUUGUAUACUAGUUUCUGAAAUGCUACUUUUACUUUUUGUUAUAAA